AAACUAGUGGGAUAAAACUUCGAAAUACAAUUUUCGUAGUACGAAAAGAAGUUCUAAAAUUGAUUCUGAAAAGCCAAAUGAAAGCGCGGGAAAAGCAACGACGGCCACCGCUGCGACGGCCGCGAAAGGCGGAGAUUGAAGACGCUGAAGAAAUGCAGGACGAAGAUCUCGAGUUAGAGAAAGUUAGACUGAUAAGCUUAGCCCUUGAAUGCGGAUUUGAUGAAGACUCCGCAAAGACGUGCCUGAAUCGCCUCGUUGAGCUCUACGGUGAUGAUGGGCGAGAUUUCAUCAAUGUGGAGCUCUGUGGAGAUGAAUUUCUGGCGUUGCUGGCUGAAUCUAUGCAAGACACUGAGGAUUGGGAUGAUUUGCAAGCAAUUGAAUCAGAGGCUUGUGGAGCUCUAGCUGAUAUGUUGGGUAAGGAUACUCGUGAGGACUGUGAAGUUGAUUGUGAUGAGGAUUCUGGCGCCUAUGUCCAUGUUAUUGAGGAUUCACCCCAACAGCAAAGGCAUGCAAAAACAGUGCUGUUGGAUUCUUCAAGUGAAAGCGAAGAGAUGGGUAUUAGAUUUGCAAGCAAAGAGGAUCUCCCCUCUACCUCUAAGAUUCGCCGUGAUAGAAUUCACCAGGGCAUGACUCCACAAUCAGGGUGCCGUGCCUCAACGUUGAUGGAUUAUAUGAGCGUGUUUACUGAAGGUUCAUAUUCAUCAGUCUCCCCUGAAAUGGAGUGCCCCUUGGAAUCAAGUCACGGAGACAGAACCCUUAGUUAUGAAGAGUUGCAAAGGUUGGAUGAUAUUGAACUGGCAAAUGUGGUAGUAUUCGGAAACAGGUCCUUUAGACCUUUACAACAUCAAGCUUGUCAAGCAUUUCUUCAAAAACGUGAUUGCUUUGUUCUAAUGCCAACUGGAGGUGGUAAAAGUCUUUGCUACCAGCUUUCAGCGAUUGUUCAACCUGGUGUUAUGAUUGUAAUAUCCCCCCUACUUUCACUAAUUCAGGAUCAGAUAAUUACCCUUAACCUCAAGUUCGGGAUACCUGCAACCUUUUUAAAUUCCCAACAAACUCAAUCACAGACUGCAGCUGUACUACGAGAAUUAAGGAAAGAUGUACCAUCCUGCAAGCUCCUCUAUGUAACUCCUGAGAGGAUAGCUGGAAAUUUAUCAUUUCAAGAAACCUUAGAAUGCAUGCAUAGAAAGGGACAAUUGGCUGGUUUUGUUAUUGAUGAGGCUCACUGUGUGAGCCAGUGGGGACAUGAUUUUCGACCAGAUUAUAGAGUAUUAGGAUGUCUUAAGCAAAAUUUUCCAGUUGUUCCAGUGAUGGCAUUAACUGCCACAGCAACCCACGCAGUCCGUCAAGAUAUCUUGAGUGCUUUAAGAAUUCCUCGUGCCCUUGUCCUUGAGACUAGUUUUGAUAGAUCCAAUUUAAAGUAUGAAGUUACUGGAAAGAGCAAAGAGCCACUUAAGCAACUUGGGAAUCUAGUACGGGAUCGAUUCAAGAAUCUAUCGGGAAUUGUGUACUGCCUAUCAAAAAGUGAGUGUGUGGAUGUUUCAAAAUUUUUGAAUGAGAAAUGCAAAAUCAAAACAGCAUACUAUCAUGCUGGUUUAGCAUCUCGUCAGAGGGUUGCAGUUCAGAAGAGGUGGCGCUCUGGAGAGGUUGAUAUCGUCUGUGCAACUAUUGCUUUUGGAAUGGGAAUUGACAAACCUGAUGUUCGGUUCGUUGUUCAUAAUACAAUGUCCAAAUCUAUUGAAAGUUAUUAUCAGGAAGCUGGAAGGGCAGGAAGAGAUGGCCUUCCUGCUACAUGUGUCAUAUUAUACCAAAAGAAGGAUUUCAGUCGAGUUGUAUGCAUGCUAAGAAGUGGGCAGGGCUAUAAAAAGGAAAGCUUGAAGAGGGCCAUGGAACAAGCUCGAAAAAUGCAGAAAUACUGUGAACUUAAGAAUGAAUGUCGUAGAAAAUUGUUACUUGAACACUUCGGAGAGUCCUUUGACCAAUAUUCUUGCAAGAAUGGUUCUAAUCCAUGUGACAACUGUCUCAAGUCUUCCUCGUGAAGGGUCUACAUUUUAAACCCAAGAGAAGGCGACAUUACAAAUAUCAAUUUAAGCUUGGGUAAUGUCAUUUGAGCAGCUAUGUCAUGCAUGGUUCAGUUUUGAUAAAGUAAAUUUGACAUGUUUUAUUAUUGACUAUUGUAAUCAGUAAUAUGGUCAUCUCAUACAACAAGAUGCUCAUUUUCAAGAGGCAAAAGAUGCAUCUUGGAGUAGUAAGUGCAUGUCCUGCACUUAUGUCUCAAAGAGGUGAGAGUUCUUUUAUUACUGUCAUCUUAUAUUUUGGCCCAAAGCCAAGUCAAAUGCUCGGCUUCAAGAAAGCAUAAAUGAAGCGCAUGUUGUUGUGCUGAUAUUGUACAUUUUAACUUACCUCAGCAUAAAUGAGAGGUGUCUAUCUUUAUUGAAUGUUUGUUUCAUCAAAGUUAAAUACAUAUUUGGUUUGUUCCUCA